AUGAACAUGACAGCACUUGGAUUUGAAGAGCCCCUCGUCACCGAUACCCCCCGGCCGUUUCCAGAGCAAUGCGCGCGGAUACAUGAGCGCAUAGACGCGUUCCUGGGCGCCAAAGACGUCUCAGACCGUGUCAGGAGCGUGCAGGAGCAGACGCGUACUGCGCUGGGCGUCAUAGAGAGGGCAUUGGAUCAGUACAGUCUGCCUGAACUCUCUCUUGCAUACAACGGCGGCAAGGACUGCCUUGUGCUGUUGGUCCUGUAUCUUUGCGCCCUCCACAAACGUGGCCUCGUCGCCUCGAACCCGUCCUCGAAUACCUCCACCGCCGUGCAGUGUGUCUACAUCCAGGACAAGCACCCCUUUAAGGAGGUGGAGGAGUUUGUGGCCAAGAGCAUCAAGACGUACUCGCUCUCCCUUCUGGAGUACGGGAAGCCUAUGAAAGAGGCCUUCACGGAUUAUCUGCGCGACACACCAUCUGUCAAGGCAAUCCUGGUAGGCACACGGCGGACUGACCCACACGGCGAACACCUGAAGCAUUUCGAUCCUACAGACAAGGGGUGGCCAGCAUUUGUGCGCGUUCACCCCGUCAUAGACUGGCAUUACGUCGACAUCUGGGCAUUUAUACGAUACCUAAACAUACCAUAUUGCCCGCUAUAUGACCUCGGAUACACUUCGCUCGGUGGGACUACGGACACCCAUCCGAACCCGAUGCUCGCACGGCAGCCUUCAACGAGUCAAGUGCCACAAAUAAGCCAAACAAACGGAUCACCGAAACCAAACUUUAGGCCUGCAUACGAACUCGUCGACGACUACGAAGAGCGACUAGGGAGAGAUAGAUAG